GUGGCCCAGACACUAUCUUUUUGUUUCUUUACUUCACAUUUGCGUUUCAUAUCUGCCGUUCAUUUCGCACAUUGUUCUUCUCACCACUCAUGAUAAACUCUUUGCCCUACGUCGCAACUCCCUAAUCUAUCUCUCUAAUCAACCAAACAAAUUGAACGGUGCAUAAACCGAUUGGCCACACCAUCAAUUGUGAAAACUGGUUUAAAAUUUCAUUUCAUCCAUUUUAGUUACGGUAAAAGGAAAUGCAUUGGUGAUUAUUUCUAUUCAUUCCACGGAAAGAUACAGAGAGUUUGUGGAAAAAAAAUGAUGGGAGUUUAAAAAUAGAGGUGAUAGGGUAAAAAGAGGGAGAAAUUUGUGAGGCUAUUUUGGCGCUGAGAAUAUCCGAAAGAAAGAGAUUAGAGUAUUUUCAAUUGAUUAUGUUUGUGUUGAGUUCAGUGUCCACACGCUACUAACAAGAAACAAGAAGAAGAGUUUGUUUCGUAUUGCAUUGGCUUCCAUCUAGAUUUGAUUGCGUCAGUAACAUAACAGAGAAAUGGUUUUAGAGGAAUAGCAGGAGAGAGAUGAGAGUGAUAGUGCCUCUACAAGGGGUUGUUCAAGGCACAGGUGGUCUUUUCUGGGGUUCUGUUAUUCCUUGUGCCCUCUUCUACUUUCUUCAACUCUUCUUCAAAACCAAGACACGUCACCACCAACCACCACCCUCCCACAACCAUAAGGACGAUUCCACCACCUUCCACCGCUCUCUCUCUUUCGCUGCAAGGAACGCCUCUGCCUCUGCUUACGUGUCCCCUCGCGCCAAUUCCAUAACCGCUGCUAACUCUUCUUUCCAUCUAGGUUUCAACAAGGUGGCCGAUGAUCCCUACCACCAAACUCAUAAUCCCGAUGGUGUUAUUCAACUUUCUUUGCACCAAAACACCCUAUCUCUUGAUUUAAUUCAAGAUUGGGUUCACUGCAACGGAAGCGCUGCUAUAUUGGGGACACCUCUCACCAUUUCUAGGAUUGUUCCCUACCAACCUUUCGAUGGAUUGAUGGAGCUCAAAGUGGCUGUGGCUGGUUUCAUGUCUCAAGUUUUGGAAAAGCCGAUUUUCUUCAACACUUCGCGAAUGGUACUGACUGCAGGUGCUUCCUCUGCCAUUGAGAUUCUGGGCUUUUGCCUGGCAGAUAACGGAAAUGCAUUUCUUGUUCCCACGCCACUUAGCCCCGGCGCUGAUGACUUCAAUUUAAGUAUAAAUUCACUUGAGAGAACCUUCAAUCAGGCAAAGAUGCGUGGUCAAAAAGUUCGUGGAAUUAUAAUAACCAACCCGUCAGAUCCUGCUGGCAAAUUGUUGAAUCGGGAAACACUGUUGGAUCUUUUGGACUUUGCUAGAGAGAAGAACAUUCAUAUAAUCUCCAAUGAAAUGUUUGCAGGAUCUUCUUAUGGUAGUGAAGAAUUUGUGAGCAUGGCAGAAAUAAUGGAGGCAGAAGAUCAUGACCGAGACAGAGUUCAUAUAGUGUUUGAUUUAUCCAAUGAGCUUUCUAUUCCAGGUUUGAAGGCGGGUGCUAUCUACUCCUAUAAUGACAAUGUUGUAGCUGCUUCUAGCAAAUUGGCAAGGUUCUCCACUGUUUCUGUCCCAACUCAAAGAUUGCUUAUCUCCAUGCUUUCAGAUACAAGUUUUGUGCAAAAGUUUAUUGAGGUUAACAGAUUGAGGUUGCGAAAAAUGUAUAAUAUAUUCGUCACAGGUUUGAAGCAGUUGGGAAUUGAGUGCACUAGGAGCAGUGGUGGUUUUUGCUGCUGGGCUGACAUGAGCAGGUUGAUUCGGUCUUACAGUGAAAAGGGGGAGCUUGAGCUGUGGGAUAGAUUGUUGAAUGUUGUUAAGAUCAAUGUUACCCCGGGUUCCUCAUGUCACUGUAUUGAACCUGGAUGGUUUCGUUUUUGUUUUGCUACAUCAACUGAAAAGGAUGUUUCUGUAGUGAUGGAACGGAUUUGGAGAAUUUCCGACUCCAGAAAGUGAAAAUAGUUUAUGUGCUGUCAA